AUGUCCAUUGAAUGGGGCAUGGAAUAUAGCGAUACGCGGGGAAACGAGCUCCUGGACAUGAUAGCAAGUCUUGACUUGGUCAUUGUAAAUUGGGGAAAUACAUCUACUUUCCGAAGGGCAGAUGCUUGCGAGUCUAUUAUAGGUCUUACGUUCGCCACUCAACGGGUAGCUCGUGUAACCUCGGACUGGUCUGUUUCAGAAGAUUAUAAGGCUAGUAGCCAUCCAUACAUCUCGUAUUCCAUAAAUAACCUGUGGGAAAAACCCCCGAUUAUCCCAGAGCGACGAAUAAGGAAGAUCACAUAG